AAGCAGCUGGGCGAGGUGCGCGCUGAGUCAGUUGCGCUGGAGCAGCGCUUGAAGGAGGAGACCAAGGCCGCCUUGGAGAAUCAGCGCACGGAGCUGGGCGCCCACAUGACCGCCCAGCAGGCAGACGCGGAUCGCCGCUUGGCUGCCGCGGAGCUCAGGUGCAAGGAGCUGGAGGAGAAGCUGGACCAGGAGUCGGACCGCUGUUCACAACUGCAGCUGGAUCGGGACCGUGUCACCCGGGAGCUGGAAGCGCUGCGACUGGAGAUGCAGCAGCUGCUGGCCGACCUGGAAAAGGCGCACAGUCAAGGGUUGGAUCGCGUGCAGGCAGCGGUGCAAGAGAUCGACCAUCUGACGGCCAAGAUCAAGGAGAU